AAUUCCAAUUUCCAUUUUGUUUAUUACGUUUUUCUGCUGCGGAAAUUACGAUUGUUGGUCCACAAAUUUUGUUUACUAUGAUAUUAUCGACUUUUCCACACGUUGGCUGAUGAUUAAGCAGCCAUGAAUGUGUUAGAAAAGGCGGAAAAGGCUCUAGAGUAUUUGAAAAACAGCGAAGGAUUAGCAAAAGGCCAUGAGCUUCAAGCAGCGGCUGGGACGUUGGGGAGGUGUCUCGGAGCAUUGGGCGGUCGACAGAACUGUGCCAGGCAUUAUGCAAACUUGUUACAUUCGGCCAUACCGACUCUGUUGAAUUUGGCGAGCAAUGACAGUGCAGAGGUGCGUUUGCUAGGUGAUGAGGCACUGAACAGGGCAGUAGCGGGAGGAUUUGCUUUCCACUCCUACAAAACUAACAUCAUUUUGCAAAAUCAGAUAGACAUUAACAAAAAUGCCAGGUGGAUUCGUGCAGCUCUCUCCCGCAUCUGCAUUGGCGACUGUUGGCUUAGACCAGGCGUUGGUAAAAUCCGUUACCAAGCGCAAACACUGUUCCCGAAGCUCAGUCAGAUAGUUCGACAGACAAACGAAAUUCAACUUAUUGUGGAGGCAUUAGAUCAGAAUUUACCUCGGCUGCUUACAGGAUUGGCUGAGUACACUACAGAUGAAGAAAUAUCAGAAUUAUCUAAGGCGCUCCUAGGACAUGUGGAAUGUACGGAACCAGCAGUGAGGAGGGGUAUCGCGAAUUGUGUAGCACAUCUGUGUUCACACAGGGAACCCUUAUUGACCAACGUGUUGGCGAGAGUUUACGAAAAGUUAUGGCCGACAGCGCAGGAAGACAAUGCAGUUAUCGGAUGGUUCUGUGUUAUCAAAGCUAUAUUUCAGAUAAACAAUAUAACAAAAUUUAAAGAAAAUGAUAUAUUCAGUGCGCAGGAUUAUUUAGAGUUAUACCAACUUUGCGUCCACUACAUAGAACAGACGACAACAGAGCAUAACAUACAAAACACUGUGAUGGAAUGUCUGUCUGUGCUACUAUCGCAAGCCAAAGACGAGUACAAACGCGCUUUGCUAGAGAAAAACCCAAGAGUUGUUUGUCUAGACGAAAGGAGAAGUGAGAAAGGACAUCGAAGGAAUAUUAGCUACACAAGUGCUAUAUCAUCUAGAACUCUAGCCAGCAUCCCGUUGGACGUCAGAGAUACGGAAAUAACAUUCACUGGUGCUUUGCAAUUAGGCAGCUUACUACAGUUGAAUUCGGAGUGUGGCAGUACUGAUGAAUUGGCUAUACAGACUCCAGAUUCUCCGGAAAGCGAUAUGGAGCUCAAUAUGACUGACGCGGACCAACUGUCGAGGGAUCUGUCCGAGAAGUUACGAGAAUACGAAGAUGACGUCACAGACGAUGACGGAAUAGUCGUCCGUGGGGGAGGGAUGAAGAUAAAUAUUGGAACCUCAUCAGAUGACGACGUACGGCUUAAGUAUUGCUCGAGAUUGCUUGUGUCAAAGUUUCUUUUGACUGGUAAUAAAGGAGGAAUUAUCUCUGAUAGGAUUGUCCGGGUGUCAGUAAAGUCUUCAGCGCUCUCGUGUAUAUCUGUCAUCAUGCAGCUUUACCCUCAAGCUGCUACGUUGUAUUUGGAUAAAGACGCCGAUCUCAAAUUCCAAAACUACUCAGGGUCUUCAGAAGGUACCGACACUAAUCCUGAUAACACAAACGAAUUUAUUAUCGAAAGGAACGUUUGCUACCAGGAUUCCAUAACGGAAUCUCUCAGCCAGGAACUUCUAAAUCGCAGCAUGGAUAGCCAGUCGCAACAAAUUUUCAAGAAAGAUAGCAAAUCUUUAGAAAAAUCGACAGAUAGCGAACAAAAAAACUCAAGUUCAAAAGACAUUCAAAGCAAUAUUUUGGACAGCAAAGCAUUUGCCAAAGACCUGAUAGCUAGUGGUUUGAGUGCAGACAGCACAAACCCUAAUAUGACUAAUAGUAAUUUCACGACCAAUUCAAAUAUGACGGGUAGUAUAGACCAUAUAUCGACUGGAUAUCCAAUGUCGAGUAGCGGAGAUAUUCUAUCGUCUAGCAUAGAUUUAGAUAUGAAAUUUGAUCAUUUCGGUGAAUCCACAAUGAAUAUGGACAAUAAUGUAGACAAUAUGGACACAUCUAAAGACGAAAAGCGUGUACGAAAAGAACUUAAACGUAUGGAUGAAAUGACUUGUGACAGCAAAGACGUGCCGCCUGAUACAAGCGAUGUAAAUUUACCUGUAGAUAUGGAUAAAAAUGAUAAUUUCGAAUACCAACACAUGUCGGAGGUAUUUGUUUUGCUAGAGGGUCAUAAUGACCCACAAAUUCGAGGUUUGGUGAGGGUUUGUGUCGGUAAUUAUUUGGUUGCUGCAUUAGAUUUGGCUCAUGGUGAUUAUAAUCGAUGGAGGAGCUACAGUUUGUUGCCAAAGGAAAUUAGUACAAAUUUUGGUAUAGACAAGUUGAUGGAUAUUGUGUUGAAGGGUCUAUCUGAUGAGAUACACUCGUCAGUAAACCACACGUUGACAGCAUUGCUGACAUUGUCCUCGGCGCUGUGUAACAGUGUCCACUGGUGGCUCAUGAACGAUGCUCUGAACUCGCUGAUAAGUGUCAUGAACAACAACUAUUGGCUGGUUAGAGUUAAUCUGGCCAAGCUUUACGAAUCUUUGCCGUAUUCCAAACUUUUUACAUUGCAUCCAGAAUACUACAAUCGAAGUAAACUGAUAAUGGACGCGUUACUGCAUCUACUAGCGGAUCAGGAUCAGAAAGUCCGCACGGCAGCCGCGCAAGCGAUUACAAGCAUAGUACCAAAAAUCUACCCACCACGACGCGCAACACCAAUAUCAAUGAUGACCAACGUAUCCAAAGAUCACAUACAGAUGUACACAUUCGAUUCGCACAACUUAUCUCUAGAGUUAGUCAGAGAUAUAUAUUUCUACAACGAUCUGCCUGAACAGUUAAAAAAGGGUAAAUCUUUAGAAUGUAAAGAUAGUCUUAUGACGUUGAUUGGUGAUUUGGUUGGUAGAUUGAUGGCUUCAAAUUGCAAGUAUUAUUCGCAAGGUCUCCUUGAAACACUUCGACUGAUAUGUCUCCGAUGGUCCCCUUGGAAGCACAUCGAGGCGUAUACGGAGCAGGGCAUUUUGAGCUAUUGCCUCGACAGUUUGGACUAUUGCAAUGGCGUUGUUAGUGUGCGGACUAUGCUGUUGGACAUAUGCAGAUUGGUUUAUCCAGUGGAAAUCCACAACAUUAUGCGUCACAGAACAACGAAUCGUGACAUCUUUGAGCGAGACACUCAAGAGAUGAAGGAAAAAUGGCAUCACUUGGAAAAUGACAGGGUCGCCAACUUAGCGGAGAAAUUCUUACAAGUGACGUUGAAGAUGUUGAACGUUUUGGUGCAUUUGAUAGAGGAUGUUAACCCUAAUGUGCAUUUGAAUAGGAGUGGAAUUGCUUUGCCCGGAAGCCCUGUUAGAAGAAAAACACAAGAUUCAAUUCAAAGGAAAGGGAGUAUCACCUCAGAGUCUGACGACAAAGGUAUACGCAAGCGGCCGCCCGUCCCAGCGACCAGUUUGAAAGCGAACUUCGCUGGACAUUUUUUCAACGAACCCUUCUAUAUGCGGCUAUAUGAAAAUUUGCGAGCCACAUACUCAAACCAUAAAAUCAAUUUGGACCCAAAAACAAGUAUUUUUCACGAAUUCCUCUCAACAACACUCAACUGUCUGGCCAUUCAAUUAGAAAUGGCCACAGAUAGGGAAUUCGGUCCGGUGACAGAGGAAAUCCUUUUCUAUCUCAAAGUUAUGCUGCCUCUGAACCCAAAUCUAACUGUUUACUGCAUAACACAACUUUUGAAAUGCCUUUUUGGGACAAACAUGAUAAACCAAUACACAGAUUACAUGAGUAUAGCUGACAAGAGACUCGAUGUUGAAACACCCAGUUUUUUCCAAGAUGUCAUGUUAGUCAAUGCAUUGAAGACCAUAGAGGAUGAUAAAAUAAGUAUCAGCUCGAAUUCAAGUCAAAAAUUGUCGUUGGAUUCCAAAAAUCCACGGAUGAUCGACGAGAGACAGAUGCUAAUAGCUAUGGAGAAUUUUUCGAAAAAUCGUACAGACAGAAAAUGGAGCACGAACAAGAAGGAAUUGGAGCGGUAUAUACGGUUGUUUGAACCGGUUGUUAUACAAUCUCUGAAGAGCUACACUCUGCAAAACGACAUCCCACUGCAGUGUUCGGUGCUACGUCUGCUCAAUCAGUUGCUGGCGCUGAGAGUCAACUACUGCAUGCUGGACAGCGACCAAGUGUUCAUAGCUUUCCUCAUGAAGCAACUCGACUUGAUCGAGCAACACGAGAUACCAAACUGCUGUGACCUUGUGAACAGUAUUCUACUGUUUUUGGUGCAACUUUCCUCCUCCAAACAUCACACCAAAACCAUUAUUGAAAUUCCUAAGUUAAUUCAACUUUGCGAUGGUUUGAUGGCGUCAGGGGCCCAAGACGAAUGUAUAGCUGGCUUGGAACCGGUCGCCGUCAAAAUGUUUAGUAAUAUGGGAGGUAGCAGUGUAUUGGGGCGAGCUCAACAACAAGAGAUUCAAGCAACAAGGGAGGUCCUUUUCUACAUGCUACAGAAAACUAUGCAUCAACCUAAAGUAUUAGAUUUAGUAUCAUGCGUGCUAUCACUCUCACAAGAGCAUCCAGAAAGCUACUACCGUUGGUCAGAGUUAGCAAGUGACACCUUAUUGAACUUACUCAGUGAGAGAAGUAUAGAGUGCGACUCUAUAAAAGCAGUGGAGUCCCUUGAGAGACUGUUGCAGUCUUUGUAUAGAGAUGUUUUGUUGGAACAGACGAGAGUUGAAAUACUUUUGAAGAUAUUGUUUAAAGCUCCGCCAGAUCAGGAUACUACGCCCAGGAAACUGAAGCUUCGCUAUUUGACAAUCGUUAUGGUGCUUCUACGAAAAGUCCUAGUCCUAAUACCAGAGACGGAGGUUCUUUUGUCUAUAAACUAUUUAAAAUCCACCUGUAUAUCUCCACAAUCCAUAUUUUUCAACGUAAAACCCAACGUUGACCCGCUAAAUGUUCAAAAUGUCAACGAGAAUUGUGCUAACCUAUCCCCCGAUGUUAUUCUCGUCAGAUUUUUGUUCAAGACUUUGACGUAUGUUAUAAUGGAGAUGAACGAUUUUCAAGUGAACGUCGACCUUGUAGAUGAGGAGGAUAAGGAUCAGAAUCGCUUGCUGUACGCUGUGUGUGUUAAUAUUAUUGUACAGGCGAAGCAUAUGCUGCAUUUGACAAAUGGUUGCCUCUUCCCCCUGACAGCAAAAAUGGCUCAAACAAUCUUACACAACGAGCAAAGUGGUCUCAACACUGGACUAUACAGCCCCGAAGAGAAUAUUCCUCUGGAUGUUCUCAACUUGAUCUGUUUGAAGGUGGCCCAUAGGAUUCCAACGUUGACGUUGCAUUGGUCGCAUUUACUUAUCAGGUUAAACUUUCUCUCGCACAAGUACUGGCAGAAGCUGAUAGGCUUCGCUCGCAAUUUGCCACUGAGUGCAGACAACAGUGAUAAUACACUGUUGAGGGUUGAUCUUCUGCAGACUGCUUGCGUUAUGGCGUAUUGCGAGUAUUUCGUAGACAACGGUCUUUCAGAAGCGGUGCAUUUAACUUGGCUGUUAGUGAAUAGAGUCCACGUGCUAGUCUCACAGUUCGACGAGGACAUCAUACGGCAGCUCAUAGAUAGGGUCCAACAAGCCGCUGGUGCUUCGGGCCUCAUGCUGCAAGCUGUGGCCGCGCGGUGCCAGAGCUGUUUGAAGGAUGAUUUCGCACUGAAUACGUACAAAAUCCUGUCUUUAUGCCACGAGAGUCAGUCGGGUGCGUUGGUGUUUCUAAUUUGUCGCAUCAUUGGGAAGUUAGAGCCGGCUAUUGCUACGAGAUUUGCAAAAUUAGCAAUACACAGAUGUCAAAUGCUGAAGGACAUGUCUAUUGAAGCUGUGAACAGUCAGUUAUCCAAAGAAGACGUGCAAGUCGCUUUAGAACUGUUGCAACGAGAUAAAGUUCAUGUUCGAUUUUCUAACUUAGUAGUAGAGCUCAAUGCGCUAGCGUCGACUGUAUUCGACUUGUCUCCUCUGGAUUUGUCGCAAGACAGAGCAAUCAAUGCACAGUACAUUGUCACUACGAAUGUCGACAGUAAUUGGUUACUAAAUCAAAUUAAAAGCAGAUGCUGUCAAGUAGAUUGUACAGCCCCCAAAGUAUCAAUGCAUACUGAUCUCGCUAAUUUACUGUCAACAUUACCUUUAGAAGCGCUGACAAAUAUAAUGACAUGCCCAGAGUUUGACAGAAAAAUCUUAAGCGCAUGUUUCAAGGUCGCAUGUGAAAGUUUCACACGGGACUUUCUCAACAGUGUGUCUAUUUACGAACUGAGGGAGACGGAGAUAGAGGCGAUACGACAACAGAGAGAGAUGGCGAGAAUUCAAGAAGAGAUGACGUCAUCUGUUGAUAGCAAUAAACUGAAUGUAGUGAACUCUUUGCAUGUAUUCAAAAAGAAUGACCACAAAGAAUCGAAAUCUCAGUUUUUUAUACCCAUAAUGGAGAAUGAUGUUAGAGAGAAAUUUGGAAACCUCAAACUUAUAGAUGAAGACACAGAUAUCAUGAUUCCUGAAUUACCUAAGUUGUAUUUAGCUGCCGUGGCUACUUUAGACAAAUCGCUGGCUGACGUCCUAAGAUUGUUUCCUAAACAAAAUAGACCUUUAAGUCAAUCGGAAAAUUUUAGCUUGAACGUGGAACAGACUAUAGAUAGAUACACUAGAAGAUGUCACCAAGUAUUUCAAGACAAACUAUUCUAUCAAGAAUUUAUAACUAUCCAAACAAUUUUGACCGGUUUUUUAGACGCAGUUGAUAAAGUUUUGACAAUUAUCGACGAAACCGACUGCGAUUUACUGGAAAAGUGUGUAGAAAAUAUAAUAACAAACACUUUAGCGCGAAAUAUUGCUGUUUUUUCUGUGGUUUCGCUGCAAUAUUUGUCGUUUUUGAUCAAAAAUAAGAAAGUUGUCGAAACCCCCGUGCAUACUGACGUCUCAUUUCGAGUGACAAAUGCGACCACAGACAAUGUAUGCGUUGAUCACGUGAUGGUUGUAACCAUAGACAAUGUUGCGAAAGCGUUGCGUUUUAAUGAGAUCUGGUGUGAAUUGAAUGUUGAAAGUAAUUUUAAUAGGACCCAAUCGGCUAUUAGCUGUUUGUACGCGAUUGUGAAGUAUUUAGUUAAGGAUACAAAACCAUUAACCCUAACUUCUCACAUGAAGACUCAAGAUUCUGGUCCGCAACCGGAUAUAAUAAUAACUGGCAAUAAACUGGCAACACUGGUUGAAUACUGGGAGCAAAACUUCUAUGUGAAAGAUAAUAAGUACAUUCUUGGUAAACGACAUAAAAUCGCGAUUGAAAGUUUACUCAUCAGUUUGGCUAGAUUGGAAUUAGUAUCGAACGUUGCCCUUAUUCCGCCGAUAGCGUGGUCGUAUGUAGAAGUCAAGGUCAAAGCUGAUCAGUUGGAAAAGAUCGAUUUGCCCCUCCAACCAUUGCAGGACUUGGACGUUUUGGAGGCUUUCCUAUUUAGGGUAAACCUUAUUGGAUGGUCUUCAAAGAAACAAUUCGAAGAAAUUUGGGUGGGUAUAUUAGGAGCAUUGCAGGGUAAUGGGACGCAUUGGGCGGUCAAUGGUAUAACCCAACUGCUUCUCAGCGUGGCGCCCUCUAUACGAGGGAAAAUGCUUCAUGUGCCGAGGAAAUAUCAAACCAUGACGGAGGGUAUGCAACGUCUACGAAACAUCCUUAUCGGUACUACGGCGUACAGCAUAUUCGAAGACACAAACUUGGAGAGGAUACCGCUUGUGAACGAGGGACAUAGCGGAUUUCACUAUGGACAAUUUAGUACAGAGUUCUUGAAGUAUUCAGCGGAUAUAUCAGACGACGCAUCAUACAGAGUCCGCAAGGAAGUGAAACGCAAGAGGAAAUACAAAGAGAUCGACAUCAACAGCUGUUUGCAGUUGCUCAUGGAUGUGACCACGGAUAUGUUGGACCCCAAGUCGCCGACGGGCAUAGCGGGCCGCGUGGCGCUAGUGAAGUGCGCUGCGGCGACGUCGGUGGGCGCGGUGCUGUCGACGCACACGCAGUGGUCGCGCGCGGCGGCGCUGCUGUCGGCGUCGCCGCCGCCGCAGUGGGCGUUGGCCGCCGCGUGCGCGCUGCACUCGCUGGCCGCGUGCCUGCCCGUGCUGCAUCCCGCGCAGCAGGUGAGGCAAACGGUAUACGUGGUUAUGGAGUUGACAAAUGUCCACGAAAAGCUGCUAAAGUCUCUAAGCUCCAGUUUCCCUCCACUUCGGCAAGCGGCGCUGCGCGGCUGGUUGCUGCAGCUGACUCAGUACGCGCAGGUCACGCAGCCGGAGGCUGUUACGCAGUUGUUGCAGACCACUGUGUCACAUUUGAAAUGUAAUUUCAAACUAUCUCUCCACGAGCAGAGUCUGUAUUGGGCGGUAUUGUUUACUCUAGUGGAACUUGGACAUCCUGACCUGAUGAACACCGCGGUAGAUUUUGUGGUGAACAACCCCAGACAUUACUGUGCUGAUUUAGUCGUUAAGGGAAUAACAUCGGUCCUUCGUCAACAAGUAUUGCCGAAAGAUCUGAAGAACAUAGUGAUUGAGAAGUUGCUGGAUAUUGAGAAUAUGAAGAAGUAUUCGGAGAAUCAUGCGGUGCGGAUUUUGAUGGUCCACUUAUUCUCAGCUGACAACAGAUUGAUAAGUCCAAAACUAGAAUCUGACGUUUCAAACAUGGAUCCAGACAUACUAAUGAACUCUAUGGAAAGAAUAACCCUACUCUACAAAAUACUCCGUCAGUGCAAACACAGAGAGAACAAAAAUAUUGUAGCCUCUGCUUUGAAAUACUUUUUGAGGGAGACACUGCCGCCGGCGGCGACUUUGAGUAGAGUCGUCAUAGAGUAUCUAGAGUGCUGCAAAGAGACGGAGAAGAAGAAGAUGGCGGUAUUGAGCCAAAGGGAUAGAUGGAUGGAAUGUUCGGUGCUUAACGCGGAAAUUGUUUUUGAAGUAUUCGAAGCUUCAGUCGCUCAAGACCAACUGCCAGUACUCAGCGGAUGGAUAUUCGAAGCGCUUUGCCAUUUGCUAUCCGGAAAAAUAUCCACGAAGUUACUUCCAUACUGUCUACUAACAUUACUAGUUUCAGCCAGUUCAAACCAGUUCAUACGAUCAAUAAGCCCUUUGUCCUACCACAUAUUUAGGGUGGGUCUUCACAAAUGUAGCGAAAGUGCCCAAAAUUGGGGAGUUUUUGCCGAUUUUGUUGAAAAAUGUGCAGGUAAUAUGACGUUCUCCGAUCGUAGGCUUUUGUGUAUAGUCGCUUUACAUUCUAACUACACGGUAUGUCAAUUGGAAAGAUUGAAGGAGCUAUGCGAUGGCAAUGAUACAUUUAAUGAUUUGAUGCAAUGUUUGACAGCUGUUUAGUCAUUCAAUUGUUUGACAUUCGAGAGGUUGUUUAAAACAAGGCUUCCUGUGUUUGCCUUAGUAGAUACUGGCGUAGAAUUUGUUUAUAGUAGAAUUACAUUCUAAUUCGACUUAUUGUAGGAGCUAUGCGAGGGCAGUGACACAUUAAACUAUUUGAUGAAAUGUUUGACAGCUGUUUAGUCAUUCAAUUGUUUGUCAUUCGAGAGGUUGUUUAAAACAAGGAUUCCUGUGUUUGCCUUAGUAGAUACUGGCGUAGAAUUUGUUUAUAGUGGAAUUACAUUCUAACUAAUUCGACUUAUUGUAGGAGAUAUGCGAGGGCAGUGACACUUUAAACUAUUUGAUGCAAUGUUUGACAGCUGUUUAGUCAUUCAAUUGUUUGUCAUUCGAGAGGUUGUUUAAAGCAAGGCUUCCUUUGUUUGCCUUAGUAGAUACUUGCGUAGAAUUUGUUUAUAGUGGAAUAACAUUCUAACUAAUUCGACUUAUUGUAUAAGCAAUGCGAGGGCAGUGACACAUUAAACUAUUUGAUGCAAUGUAUGACAGCUGUUUAGUCAUUCAAUUGUUUGUCAUUCGAGAGGUUGUUUAAAACAAGGCUUCCUGUGUUUUCCUUAGUAGAUACUUGCGUAGACUUUGUUAUAGUGGAAUUACAUCUAUCUAAUUCGACAUAAUGUUUGACAGCUGUCAAAUGUGUCUUUCAGAAUCAAAAUACUACAAGGUUUCCUUUGUUUGCCGUAAUACCAAUUUUCGUAGAAUUUGUUUACGUUCUAAAUAAUUAUAAACAGUAAUAUGUCAAUUGGUAUUAUUGUGGAAACAUAGUGAGGGGAAAGACAUAUUAAAUGAUUUGACGUAAUGUUUGUCAUCUGUUUUGUCAUUUAAGUGUUUGUCAUUGAUCUAUUGUAUCUAUUGUUAUAAUAUAUUCAGUUGUCUUUGAUUACUUUUAAUUUUAUGUAAUAAAUAAAAUAAUGAAAGAGUUUUCUCUGUUAUUCUUUGUUCUUCUUUUUCUUUUUUCUUGUUACCUUUUAUCGGAAAAGUUCUUUUUAUGUCAAUUUCUAUGAAGAGUUAUGUCAUUCCAUACUAGGGAUAAAAGUGUUGUUUUGUUGUAUGUGUUGAGAUAGAGGGUCUGUACUUAAGCUGACUUAAAAUUAUAAAUUAGUACAACAAUUGAAUAAUAGGUGGCGCGCGAAGCCACAUUGGAAGGCUUGUCGGUUCUUUUUGUAACAAUGAGCUUAGUGAAUGUAUAGAUUGGCAGGUUCGUUGAUUACACUCCCAUGAUAUGCGGGCGACGGGGGGAAAGAUUGCGCGGGUGGGGGAAGUGAGGUGCAUCAGUCGUGGAUUUUUCAUUCAUUGCUACACGCCACCCGGCCUGCGCGAACCAUCGAGAGUGUUACGAACGAACUAGCCAAGCUGUAGCGAUGUUUGUAAUCUCCCCAAAAAAAAAUUAGAAAAUAUUACUUUUUAGUCAAUUAGACAAAUAUUAAGAUUAAAAUAUACCUAAGUAUUUUAUAUGAAUGUAUAAUACGAGCAUUUUAUGAUUUUGUAGCUUUUUAAACUAAAAGGUAGUGAGUAUUUUGCUACUGUAGCAUACUGCUGUGUCGCUUUAGUGGGCUACGACCCUUAUAGUAAAAGGUGCGAAUUAGAAACCACCCUCACCCAUCUGUUUAAUGGAUGAAAAGUGUUUUAUAUCAAAUUUAGUUCGUUAAAAAAUAUAUUGUGAGUAGGUUUCCUAAUAGCCGUGAUAUCUCAGUGGAUGUGACCUCUGCCUCCCAUUCCGGAGGGUGUGAGUUCGAAUCCGUUCACCUUAAAAUGCACCUCCAACUUUUCAUUUGUGUGCAUUUUAAGAAUACCUGAGAAUUUUCUUAAUUCUUUGCGUGUGUGAAGUUUGCCAAUCCGCAUUGAGCCACCGUGGUGGACUAUUGGCCUAACUAUGAGAGAGACUCGAGUUCAGCAGUGAGCCGAUGGCUUGAUAAUGAUGAGGUUGCCUAGAAAUUUCCUAGCCCAACUAUUAUUAACCAUGAUAGUUUGGCCAGGAUUUACUAAAUCUAUACUUAUAUUAUAAAUAGGAAAUAUUUGGUUGUUCGUUUGUUUUGAAUAGGCUCUGGAACUACUGAACCGAUUUGAAAAAUUCUUUCACUGUGGGCUAUAUUUUAUUCCCAUAUUCCUACGGGACGGGAACCACGCAGGUGAAACCUGCGCCUGCUAGUUUGAUAUAAAGUUUUAAUCCAUUGAACAGAUGGGUGAAGGUCGUUUCUAAUACGAAUCUUAGACUUACACAAAUACAGUUAAAUACAUUUAAGCUAUAUUUACAUUGACAUAGUAAUAACGUGUAAAAAACCUGUCGCUUCACUUUGUACACCAAAUUAAUUAAUUCAACAACUAUAAAAUUUUAUUUAAAAAAAUCUAAAGUCACAUAAAUUGAUAUUAACUAUUAAUAAUUGUUUAAGCUAAUUCAGUAAAUGCACAUAUUUUUGUAAAAAUAAAUAAUAAUAUCCAAUGAAUAAAAAAAAGAAAUGUCCUACAUUUUAGGUUCAUUGCUCAUUAGAGCCAUCUGGCACCCACGUUGUGAUCAUUGGUCAAAUUUAAUCAGCAAACAUACAUAUUUUUGUAAACUUUAACUUAAUAAUUUCUUUUAAAUUCAUUAUAAUUACCUACUUACUAAAGCCAAACUCGAUGUAGAUAGCUUAUUAACAAACAAAUUUUUUUUUUUUUUUAUUGAGAAAGAAUACAAUAAGGAACUUAAGCUAACUUAUCCUAAUAACUAUACAAAUCAUGCCCACGUGGAAUGGUGGCAAGAAUACUGGCUACAAACAAAUUAUUUAAAAUCAUGACGUACUUAUUGUUUUUAACACGCUUUCAUUAGCUUCACUUGUAACUAACUCUGUAUGUAAAUAAAUCGAAAAAAAUUGUCACGUGACUUAAAUCCAACAUGACGGACAUCCAAGAUGGCGAAUUGGCUAUUUUGUAAUUUUUAGUGCGUGCUAAAAGCGUGUUUUUUAAUUUUUUAAACUAUUUUAUGUUAUUUUAAAUGUUAUUCAACAGAUUAUAUCUAAUUGUUUUAAGUUCUAUACUAUGUGCGCUGUAGCAUGGGGUGAGUGACAGUUGUCUUAUGACGUUCAUAAUACCUACUAAUAUCGCGACAAACUUUUAAGAGUGAAACUAACUCUCACCAGCAGGUGAGAGUUAGUUUCACUCUUCAUUGCGCUAUAGCAUGGAGCACCAUGCUAUAGCGCACGAACUGCAAUCAAAUGUAUUGUACAUUAAUUUAGUAACAACUUUAAAUUACGAGUAUUUUUAUUUGUAAAAUUACCUUUUUUUAAUGUCUGUGGAUAAAUAUUUCACAUCGAUUUUGAUUACUUUAGUAACCGAAACUCUACCUCUAAGUGCUGCGAUCCGGUAAUGCUAUACAUAGGAUGUUCCGUAAAUAUUACGACUUACAAUGUUCAAUGUACAACGAGUACUAUUUAGUCGUACCUAAAAAUUCCUUAGCACAUGGUAUCACUAAAUUUGCACUAAUGGUAGGGAUUUUCGUAUUUUGUACAAACAUCAAUAUAACUUAAAAACCGUAAAAUAUCGUCUAAUAUAAUAUAUUGCGUUAUUUUAAUAGUUAUCACCCUAUAGAUAUAAAGUAUGCCGUACUAUUUACGGGACACCUGUAUAUAUUGCGUAUGGAAAGUCAUAAUCUGGUGCAGAUGGCUUUAAUGAGCGAUGAUAUUAGCAUUGGACUUACUACGAGUAUAUGUACAAUAACAAAGUAAACGCAUUACGCGCAAAGUCAGCUAUCGCACGCAAGCGUUCCAUUAUCAUAUGAACACUAUUUAUUAUUAACAAGGUUAUUUAAUUUUCUGAUAAAAUCAUGACAUUUGUAAUCAAUAUUACGGGAACAGUGUGUAAAAGUUGUAUAUUUUAUUAAAUUAACUAAAAUUAGGUAUAUUGAAGCUUCCGCAAUAAAUAUGAUUAAAUACA